AAACAUUAAAAAAAUGUAAUUUCUUCAUUGCUAUUUAUUUAAAUUUCCAUUUACAAAUCAAUUGAUUUGUACCAUCCGAUGACGACGGUUCAUAUGCUUAGCUUUUAUUUCAUAAGGCUUCAUAUUUAAUGCCAUCAUUUGAUGAAGAUUUUCUAGAAAAGUGUUAACUGUUGGGUUUAAUUCUUCCCAUUAGGUGGCUGAGAGCCACUUUACUAAUAUGCUUUUGUUUUCUAAUGUAGAGCUGGCAUUGCUGAUAUAAGCUCUCUGUAGUUCUGCCUUUUUUAAACAGUUUCUUGCUUUUGCCUUCUUCCUUGGUGGCGCUAUUAACCAAACCAAUCACUUCUCUCUUCCAAAUGUCACUGAUUAAUGUGCGUUUCAUUGAACAGUGCUUCUGUUUUUCAAAGUGUUUAAUUCUAAUUUGGCUCAUCCAGGUCAAAGAUGGCAAAUUGAUAGAUGAGAUGGCAGUCAGCAUCACUGGGCUGGCAAACAAGGUUCAGGGAGCCGGCGCAAAACUGACAAACCUGUUUACUGGAAAACCGCAAGAUGGCUCUGGAGGAGAGAGCUACCAGAACAUGGACGCCACUGAGGGCUAUCAGGGCAGCUCCAGCCAACCUGUGUCGAGGGAUUUCUGGGAAACCUUUGGCAGCAACAGCUCCCUAAAAGAGAAGAAAUCUCCCAGCAGUGACAGCUGGACCAUGGCAGAUAACUCUGCCAAAAAGAGCUCUGACAGUUGGGACAAUUGGGGCUCCGAAGGAGCCUCCAACAACAAGCACAGCACAGAGGAGAGCUGGGAGGCCUGGGACAACAACUGGGAGAAUCCGGAUGGUAAGACGAAGAAGAGUCCUUCGAAGCCUGCAGAGGAAGCCUGGGAUAACGCAGGCUGGUGAAACAAACAUCACCUUAACUUUUGUUUUUUUGUUUUUUUUUUCCAUCCUCUCCAUCUUCUCCGGUUGCUCAUCUCAUUUUGCUCUUUCUGGAAGAGAGUUGGUUUCACUUAAUGUCUAUUUAUGCAUUCUGUAUUAAUUAUAAUUUACCCAGGAAAGAAAUUAUGAAAAUUCAGAGAUGAAUAAAUGAACACCUAAAGGAACUGUUUACUUCCAGAGCUCUAUUUUAGUAGAAACUGGCCCCAUCACAACCUCAUCUGUUCAUUGUAGAUAAAAUCAUCACCCCCUGUAAGAAUUACCCUCAGAAUAUAGAUGUAAAGUAAAAUAAAGUGCUGUGCCAACAACCAUAGUUUGGCAAGGAUGUUGUUAUUCAACUCUGAAAUUAAUGCAUGGAAGAAAAAAUAUGUUACUGUAAAUAUAUCAUAAAACUAA